AUGAGAUUCUUCUUCUUUGUUGUUUUGAUGUUAUGUGUUAUUUACUCCGUAAGUUCUUCAACUUCGGGUGUAGUCAACUCAUUGGAGCCAUAUACAAUGUAUAUCAUCGAUUCAGGAAUUCAAAAUCUAAUUGUUCAUAUUCACUCAAAAGAUAAUGAUCUUGGGAACCAUACGAUGACUAUACGCGACACGUUCCAUUGGGACUUUCGUAGGAAUUUUGGCGAAACAACUGAAUUUAGCGGGAACUUUUACUGGAUGAUGAGUGACAAUCAAGUGUAUAGAGAGGUUGAGUUUCCAGUUUUCAAUAAUCAAAUUGCAGAAGAAUGUGGAAACAAAUUAGUGACGACGAAUAAGUGUUUUUGGUUAGUAAAGUAUGAUGGUUUUUAUUUUUCAAAAGGUAGCCCAUCAGAUGGGAGGUUAAAGUAUAAAUGGGGACAUGGAAAUAUAUAA